AUGUUGGGUGCACGCGCCCGAGCUGCAGAGUAUCAUGCUUUCAAGGCCGCUUCUGCGAGACAAGCGAGCCGUGAAGCAGAAGAAAACAAGUUGCCUCCUCAGCCUGCCCCAGUUUCGUUGAGCGCCUUCACCAAGAAUCCUCAGCUGAAUCGCAACAAGGGUCCAAAAGCAUGGAAGCCGCUGAUAUUGGAAGAUACACCUGAAGAUGAUGAUGACAGUCCUGCGGAUAACGAAGACACCGUAUCAACCCCGACCCGACAGAGAGGAGUGGACGGCAAUAGCUCCAUCAGCCAUGAUUCUGACCGAGCUCAGACAUGGCGCGAAGCCAACAACCUUAGCUCAACGGUCCCGAUCGCGCCCAAGGCAAUGCUCAGAAACACCUCGCAGGCGCCGUCGCCGCUCGUUAACCCGGCUCCUCGACGCACCCAGCCACAUGCAAUCAUUAAGCAAGCGCAACAAGGAAGCCACCUCAGUGUGAAUAGCUCUCCGAGCAAUGUCUCUGGAAUCAGUGGGUUCCCGUACCCUGGUGUGACAUGGUGGUUUGACUCACAUGGUAUGCGCGUGCCAGGUCCAGCCGCGAUGCCCACCUUCUUCCCAGGUCAAUACCACGGCAAUUUGAUGGCCCCAGACGACAUCAGCCCUUCCAAGCAGGAGAACAAACUCGCUUCGUUGUCACAUGAAUACAUGGACACAUCUUCUGGCUUCAUCCUCCCACAUUAUCCCCUCAUGCCCAUGUCAGGGAUUUUCGGGGGCUCGAUGGCAGACCCGGUGACAUUUGCUCACUAUGAAGAUGAAGGUGGUGCAGGUCAUGAUUCUCAAGCCUGGCCCUUUGCAUCGAUGCCAGUUGAGCGCCCAGUCAUGCAACACGUUAAUUCGGACAGCGUCGUCAACAUGGAUGGAAGCAUCUCUGACACUUCUUCUCUGCUGGUGCCGAAUGCCAUCAGACGGUUCUCAUACCCCAAUGCUGUCGGCGAGCCAAUGAGGCAGGGUUCGAUAGCAGAGUCAGCAGCACAACGGAUCGCCCACCAAUCCAUCCACCCAACUCUUGUCCUGCCAGAUGAGGAACCUUACGACCGCAAGAAUAAAAUGCAGAGCUUUGUCGCAGCACAGCAGGCGUUAGCAAGGACCGGGAAAACCGUUCUGCAUAACCCCGAUCUGCAUCGAGUGAAGGCAAGUGAAUCGGCUUCUCCGGCACACACUCGCAGUAAAACAACAACGCCAGAGCGUACCCGCCACGCCCAGACGACUAGCCCAGAAUCCAUUGUCAUUCGGAAACCUCCCCCGGGGUUCGAACCGCACUUAUCUCCUCGCCAAGUCAUUGCACAAUGCACCAGCAAAACCCCCUCUCCCUUCAAUGCCUCCAUCCUACGAGAGAUCUUUGAGGUCGGAAGUGAUGAUUGGCUCGAGCUCAGACCUGUUGGCAAGGACCAACGCAUGAAGAUGAGCCGAGUCAUGAGGAUUUGUGCCAGAGCACAGAGUCCUGAUGCACCUCUUGGGUUUUUGCAGAGUGCAAAGCCAGGGAGGAAGGAGAGUCUCCAAAACUGGAUGCAAAUCGCCACAAGAGAUCACAAACCAGCGACAGGUACACGAAGGCUGUUUGAGCAGGUUUCUAAAGAAUGCCAUGCCAAUCGCCUGUCCAUUGUUGGUGGGGGCGAUGGUGCCUCGAGCGACGACACCUCCAACGGAGAGAUUGAGGGCGCGGCGAUUCGCGCGGUUGGAGACAUCGUGGCCAACUUGACCGAGUCGGCAGAAUCAUCAGAGUCGGGAAGGGGUUCGGCCGGCCUCGUCUGCAAGUACAAGCCUGCGCCCGAGUAUGCUAUUGAGAGAGGUCGGCUCCUCCUGAUGGGUAACAGUGGAAGCACCAGCUUCUUUGAAGACAACACCGGCGGUUUCUACAGCGCUCCCAGCAGAAUUGCCCGUGAUCCUAGGUUUCGACCCGCCGGAAAAGACACUGUCAAGGUCAAGUCAGAAGAGGAAUGGAAACUGCGACACGACAUGUAUGGAAGAAGGCGGAUGUAA